AUGAUGUCCAAUCAUACACAAAUAUCGAAUGGUGAACAAUCUAAUUUUAAGUCGAGUUUAAAUUCUCAUGUUAAAGACCUAAAUGUUGAUUAUUACUAUCAUUUGGGUCUAAAUAGUACGUUUGAUUUAAAAUCGAAUUUUGGUGAUGUUAAAUAUGUUCUUAUGUGUGGAAGUCCAAUAAGAGCUUAUGAAAUUAUUCAGCGUGCUAUUCAGGCAUUAAAAAUUCAGUUACCCGUUGGACAAACUGUAGCUCCCAUUGGUAAGUGUUAUAAUUCUAAGUUGUUUCUUCGUUGUUUUCUUAAUAACUUUUGACAGAAAUGAGAUAGAGAUCUGCGGUUUUCGGAUUCUGAAACUAGACACUUUGAGAUAUAAACCUAUAAGAAAAUCAGGACUCUCGCUUAGCCUCACCAUGGUCUACCAUCCGAGUCAAAUCCAAAAGCUUAGCGUUCCGAAACCACACUAUGAAGUCCGAUUCCAAAUAAUAUCAAUCGAUAGCCAAAACACUGUCCUUCAAAACUUUUUCUAAAGUUGUGAUUGAGUGAAGAACGAAAUGAACAUCGUCACGAUGAUCAGGAUGAUUACCUAUGAUCCACAUGUUUCUAAGAUGCCUAGACGUGUCUGGAACGAGACCGAUGUGUCCUCGGAUAACGUCUGUAUCUGUAGAGCCAAAGAAAAUGAAAACCUGAGCCUUGCGUAGUUUUGAAGGGCAGUGUUUUGGCUAUCAACUGGUAUUAUUUGAAACCGGACUUCGUAGUGUGAUUUCGGAACGCUAAGCUUUCGGAUUUUGCCUCGAAUGGUACACCAUGGUGAGGCUAAGCGGGAGUCCUGAUUUUCUUAUAGGUUUACAUCUCAAAGUGUCUAGUUUCAGAAACUGAAAACCGCAGGUUUGUGUCUCAUUUCUGUCAAAAGUUAUUAAAAAAACAACGAAGUGCACGGUGCUUUGGCGUCGACAGUAAUUUAAACUAUCAGAGUUAAAUGGCAUACAGACGGAUUUAUAUACAAAGUCAAGAUGUGUAUCAAUAUCAAAGGUCUUGUUAUUUCGUAGCGAGAACAUUGAAAUUUUAGGUGAUCGAAAAUAGACUCAUUUGUAGUCGGUGAUCGUUGUAGGUAAAACAGAGCGAUAUAGUAUGUUCAAAGUUGGUCCUGUUAUUUCAAUUUCUCAUGGUAUGGGUAAACCAUC